CAUCCGUUAGCUAUAAACUAUUAAACUGUUUCCUUUAGCUUAGCGUUCAGCUUUCGUGCAAGUUGAAAUCGUAUUUAUGAUUUCUCCAGGACUUCAUCGCUAACACUUAUCAAUAAAAUACGUGUUUGAGCGCAUAAAUUAUUUACUCUUCAAAACCGUGAAUUCCAGUUGUGUCUUUUCCUCUACAUCGAUCUAGGAGAAGUAGUAUGUGAAUAUCUCGAUUUCUUUGCUCGGUUGUGCAAAACGGGAGUGUAGAGAAGUCGUCAAGCUUAUACUGGAGUAACUUAUCUUUUCCUCUACAGUUGGAAGGUUCGUCGGCGCGCCAAAAUCAUGAGGGCAUAUGCCGUGAUCGUGUGCCUACUCCUUAUUCUGUACCAAGUUAGUGCGGCUCCAAGGCCAUGUAGAAAUAGACGAGAUGUAAGUGACAAAAAGACUGACGAUAAAACAGAAAAUAAGGAGAAUGAUCAUGAAAGUUCAGAGAAGAGUGAAGCAAAAGGAAGUCAAAAGGACAAAAAACAGUAUGUGCCAUUUUAUCCAGCCGCUCCCGCUGUUCCAGCAUAUAACAUGGGAGAUGUCAUUUGUGAGGACAGUAGACCUGUGCAAGUUGUCCAAAUAAGGGAUUUAAGUAUUGUGAAUGGAGUCAUCAAGUCUAGCAAUAUCUCAUAGAUCCUAGGUAAGUGGAGUUCUUGAUUCCUUUUGUUUUUUUUCUCGACAUAAAACUACAGGUGCAAGGUCGCUUUCGAUGACUCGAAAGAUCUUUCGCCUUUCAGUUUUUACUAAUCUUGCCGAGUAAGGACUGAGAAGUUUCUGUCUAAACGCUCCUGGUCCAAAAAUUGGUUUUCGUGGCUUACGAACUUGUAAAAAUAAGGACGAAGACAUUUUAAUGAGAUGCUUUUUGCCUUCAAAUGCAAUCAAUGGUGUUUUAAAGCUGUGUUCAACAGGUACCGAAAAUGAAUCAUCGCACGAGUGGUGAAAAGAUGAAGUGCUUUAUGAAUCCAACACAAUGGUUUUGUGCUUGGACAGAAGGAAAAAAUAUCACUUUUCUUAAAUCUAAUCUUUUUUAGUGAAAACAACUUUCAAUUGAAUUCUUUUUCAUUAUUUUUUUUAGCUUUGGAAACCUGUUUCUGUGGCUGUUUCUAUCGGAAACUGUAACUUUUGUUUUUAAGGAGAAAUUACAUGUGGAUCGGUAGAUUGGCAUAAAUUAGCCUACAGACGUAAUAUAUCUCUUACCAAGAAAUGAAAGUGAGAAUUCAUUUUCUUUGCAGAUGGCAGACCACAAGUAGAAGAAAUUUGGAUAUUGGAUAGUUUUUGUACAAAGACACAUUUUUGAACGUUUGCAGCAAGUGUUUGUGGUUUGCGAUUCAAUUCUUUACGAAUUUUUAUUCGCGUCCCGACAUGGACUACAGAAAUGGAGAAAAUUUAUUUCUCAAACCACUAAAAAACUCGACAAGGAGAGGUUACACCGAAUGGAUGAGACUAGCAUGGACAUAUCGACAGUUUUAAUGUGGCUAUUCAAGGAGAUUUGAGGAUCCGCGAGAGACAGAGAAACUUUUAGAUCCGUCGAGUAUGAUCGACUUGCCAUAUUGUAUAGAAAAAGAAUAUUGAAAAGGGCUCUUUCCAAACGACUUUUUGUGAAGUUUAAGCUUUUGAAAGGGAGAGUUAUUCCACAAAUGAUGUCUUCAUUCAGUAAGGCGUUAUGUACAUAUCUUGUUGAGACAUUUGCAGCCGUCGAUGGUAGAAUUACACUAGAUAUACACGAAAUUCACGACUACACGACAAGAUGGUAUUGCAGUAGCUUAGCUUGUUUGUAAAAAGGAAACAAAUCACAAAUUACAAACCAAAU